AUGUACUGUCAAGGAGCAGUCCAGGAGCAUGGCUUCCAGGUCGGACGUCAUGGGCCCCCACCGCCGCCUUCUCGUGGUUACGAGACCUUCCAAGGACAUCCGCCGCAUCCUGAUCAGUACCAGGGACGUCCAUGGGGCUACGGACCGCCACCUCCCGGUCCAUGGGGACCACCGCCCCCGCCCCCAUUUGGCCCCAUGCACCAUGGGAAGCACGGCGGUCCAGAAGGCAAGCACCCGCCUCUUCCGCCCCCAUUCUGGGGUCACCCUCCUCCGUCUCCUGAUGGCGACGCGCCUCCACCACCACCGCACCACUGGUGGGGCCCGCCGCCACCACCACCGUCAGAUGGCGAGCAAUCCUACGGUAUGCCUCCGCCGCCGCCGCAUUCGCACUGGGGUCCACCGCCUCCCCACGAAUUCCACGGUCACAGGGAUUCCAGGCCAACUCCGCCCAUGGUCUGGGGUGAGCACCAACACGGACAUCGUCCUGCAUUCCAAGACGACGAUGAAUGGGAACAUCCCCCUCAUGGACCAGAAGGAGAACAUCCUCAUCAUGGACCUCCGCCACCGCCUCCGCCGCCUCACAAACCUGGCAAGCACGACAAGCAUGAAAAGCCGUGCCCUGAAGACGAAGCGGGGUCUCCCUCGAUCAAGGCUCAUCGGCCGCGACCGUGCAUUCCCAAAGAUGCUGCGCUCCAGAAGAGCGAAAAGCACUACCAAGAGUACGUGAAGCACCGUAAGGAAUCUGCCGAUGAGGCUGCUCCAUCUUGGAAAUCUUUUGCUCCUGCUUUCCGUUGUCCUCACCAUCUCGAGCUUCUCGGUGAGCCGGAGGACGGUGGAAAAUGGGUCUGUGGUUUCGAGUACAUCGCUCCGAAGGAGCAGUGUGUUGUAUACUCGAUCGGUGCUGACGGCUCGUCCUUCGAAACAACAGUAGAGGACCGAUCUGCCGCAUGCACAGUAUUCGGUUAUGGUGACAAGCCAUCGGAGAACACUGAUGUCGUUACUGAGGAAGAAGAGACGACUGCCACCGAAGAGUCAGACGUCCCCGCCACAGUCCCAACCAACCCUCUCGACGACCUUCUUGAAACCAACGGACACAAAUUCAUUGACAUCCUGAAGUUUGAUAUCAACUCUGAAUCCGAUUUUGCCGUCCUUGAUGCCUUCUUGGAUGAGUAUGACUUCCCCCAACUGGCCAGCCGUGCGCCUUAUCCUCCGCCGCGCCGCGCUUUACCCCCUCCCAAACGCGAACCCGUCCUUCCCUUCGGCCAGCUCCUUCUCUCCGUCGCCGUCUCUUCUGAUGACGACAAGGGCGAAUUAAGCAUUAACAAUUUCGGUGCUUGGUUCGAGAAGCUCGAGCGCAUGGGUUUAAGGCCCUUCUUUGCUGCGCCAAGUCUAAGUAAUUCCCGCAAUGCGGUUGACUAUUCUUUCAUCAACAUCCGUGGAGAGCAUGAACUGCUUUCUGCCCUUCCUCCUCCACGUCCCCAUCACUUUCAUCCGGCCACUUGA